UCGAGCAUCGAGAUGAAUGAUUUCAACCCUGAUAUUGAUUGGUUAGAAAGAGUGAUAUCGGAAAAUUAUAUCAAGUGUUAUGGUUUUACAGAGUUCACUAAUUGGGAAGAAGAUAGCUGCGGUUCUUAUGGAAAUGUUUCAUGCGCAAACUGUAAAGGUUCUGAAACUAUCAUUGCUCUAAAACAUUCUUAUAAUUUGUCUAUUAAAGAGAUGGUCAAUGAGGUAAACUAUAACAAUGUAAUUUAA